AUGAGGUUUCGUCCGCUGAUUUGGAGGAAUACUCGUCCAUAUUUGGUGGCUGAUCGUGUUGAAGAUUUAACUGAUCCCGAAGAAGUUAGAUUAAAUCCAUUGUGUGAUCGUACUAUAACUUUAUAUGGUUAUCUACGAGGAACAAAUAUGAAAAGUAAUAUGAAGGUUCAUAUACCUGGUGCUGGAGAUCAAUGCAUUUCAGACAUUUCUAUUUUAUCAGAUCCCUGUCCUCUUCCUGAAAAAGUAAGGAGGAGUCUCAGUGAAAAACAAAAACUUAUUUAUGCUCCAAUGUCUGAUGUAGGAGGUAUUAUGUAUGACAAGGAUGCUGUAUAUAUUAAUGUUCCUGGAAUUGAAUAUGAACAAGGAUUUGGUGAAAGAAUGGUCAUGAGUUUACAAGAUGCUCCUGAUACACUUGGUAGUCAAUUGCAAGAAAGUGAAUUAACUUUAUUCACUAAUUCUAAUCAUUUGAAAGCAUCGAAUUUGACUCUAUUAGAUGGUAGCGAAUAUGACACUGAAGUUGCUUAUGCUGAAAGUGAUAGUGACUUGGGUGAUACAAUUUUGGAUGAAGAAGAAGGAAAUUCAGAAGAUGUCGAUGGAUCUCUUAGGCAGAAAACUAAUUUGACUGAGGAUGAAGAGGAUGAAGAGUUGUUUAAGUUUGUAGAAAGUGAAGAAAAAUCAAACAAUUCUAUGAACGAAAUUGAUUCAAUAAAACUAAGCAUAAAGAUGGAUGAUUUAAAUCGAUGGGAUAACGAGGAGAUACUAGAAUCAUUAAGGAAUAAAUUUAUUACCGGUAGCUUAGAUGAUGAUGAUGAUGCCCAAAUAAACUUUGAUGACAAUGACGAUGAUUUAGAUGAGGUACAGGGUGAUUUUGAAGAUCUUGAAAUAGGAGAAGCCGUGAAAGCAUCUGAAAAUACCAAUACAAAAGAAGAGAUUGAACGAGAGGAAUUAGCAAAAAAAAAGGCAUUUCUAAAGAAAAAAUUUGAUGCUGAAUAUGACGAUAAUAAGGAUAAGCCGAAGGGAGAUUUUUAUGAUGAAGUAAAGGAGGAGAUAGCUAAACAAUUACAAAUUAAUCGGGAAGAAUUUGAAUCAGAUGAUCCUGUGGCUAGAGCAAUGAUUGAAGGGUUUAGUCCUGGAACUUAUGUUCGUAUCUUAUUGAACGAAAUACCUUGCGAGUUUGUUAAACAUUUUGAUCCAAUAUAUCCUAUAAUAGUAGGCGGGUUAUUAACCACUGAAGAAAAUUUAGGAUUCAUUCAGCUUCGAAUUAAACGUCAUCGUUGGCACAAGAAAAUAUUAAAGACUAAUGAUCCUCUCAUCUUUUCAAUUGGUUGGAGGAGAUUUCAAUCAAUGCCUAUUUAUUCAUUAAAUGAUGGUACAAGAAACAGGAUGCUUAAAUACACACCUGAGCAUAUGCAUUGUUUAGCAACUAUUUACGGGCCAAUCCAUCCCCCAAGCACAAGUUUCUGUGCGGUUCAAUCUGUUUCAGCAAGCAACACAGCUUCAUUUCGUAUUAGUGCAACAGGUGUUGUUCUUGAUAUCAAUCAUUCAGUUGAAAUUGUUAAAAAAUUAAAAUUAACAGGUUUACCUUACAAGAUUUUCAAGAAUACUGCUUUCAUCAAAGACAUGUUUUCAUCUGCAUUAGAGGUUGCAAAAUUUGAAGGUGCAGCUAUUAGAACUGUUUCUGGUAUUAGAGGACAAGUUAAAAAGGCUGUUUUGAAAAGCGAUGGACAUUUUCGUGCUACAUUUGAAGAUAAAAUAUUAAUGAGUGAUAUUAUAUUUCUUCGAGCCUGGUAUCCUAUAAAACCAAAGAAAUUUUAUAAUCCAGUCACAUCAUUAUUGUUAUCUUCAAAGAAAGAUUGGCAAGGAAUGCGAUUAAGUGGUGUAGUUAGACAUGAAUUGAACAUGCCAACACCACAUAAAUCCGAUUCUGAUUAUAGAAGCAUUGAAAGAAAAACAAGGCGAUUUAAUCCCUUGCACAUUCCAAAAUCUCUUCAGGCUGAAUUACCAUUUGAAUCAAAACCAAAACUUUUGAAGAAACAAUCUAAACAAUCCUAUAUGCAGAAACGAGUAGUAGUUAUGGAACCUAAAGAAAAGAAUCUAGCCAUCAAUUAG